AUGGCUCCAAUAGAUUACGACACAACGCUUCCAUUGGGAGCAUGGGACAGUCACGUCCAUAUUGUUGAUGAGGACAUCUUCCACCUCCAUCCCGAUCAUCCAUACAGACCUAGGAAAGCCGAUCUGAACGACCUUCUUCAAUUUGAGAAAAGCAAUGGAAUCGAGCACGUCUGCUUAGUAGCAUUCUCCGUAUACGGCACCGACAACAGAUCAAUUCUCGAUGCCCUUGUGAAACUGAAAGGUAAAGGGCGGGCAGUGGUUUGUAUAGACCCGGAUGAAAUAACGGACAAGGAAUUAAGGUCUAUGCAUGGUCUCGGCGUUAGAGGAGUACGAUUGAACCUUCGAACUAGGUCGCAAACGAUUGACCCAAUUCUCUUUACAAAACUGCUCAGGAAAUACGCUGACAAGAUCCGACCAUUGGGGUGGGCUCUUCAAAUAUACACAUCUCUGGAUCAGAUCAAGCACAUUGCAGCAGUCAUCCCUUCACUGGGAAUCCCGAUUGUUUUUGAUCACUUGGGAUCUCCAGAAGGAACUCGUCCGCCUAAGGCGCUCCUUGGGUACUCGGAAUUAAUGUCUCUCUUGAAGGAGAAGCUCGUCUACGUGAAGCUGAGCGGAACGUAUCGAUUCCCAAAUACACCGGGAAUAGGGGAAUAUGUUGAGGAAAUUCUGCGUUGCGCCCCAACUCAGGUCGUUUGGGCUAGUGAUUGGCCACACUCUGGAGGUGUUUCCAGAAAUCCUGGCGGCGACAGGAAGAAAGUGCAGGAGUACAGAGUUGUCUCGACAACAGAUUUCAUCGUGAGGUGCAAAGAAUGGUGCAAAUAUGAUGAAGAUUUGAUACAGAAGAUUUGGGUAGAGAACCCACGCCGGUUGUGGCAAUAUGAUGCUCAAGACUAGACAGAGAUAUACACCGAAAUCGUAUUUAAGAAGAACCUGAGACCAAGUUUUUCUAGUAUCACAUUUCUUGAAUAGGUGACAUAUACAAACAAUCUACAACGUUUGAUUGAAAGGCCAUUCCCACUCAUUUGCCAGGUUGAUAUCGAUGUGAUUUUCAGGAAAACACUCCAACAAGUUGGCGUCGAAGUCCGUAAUGCCGAGAUCUGCGUAGCCCGGAAACUCGGAAUAGUUGUCGCUGUACGGGAACGCAGGCAGGUAGUUUCGAAGAAAACCGUCUCGAUGGC